AUGCCCCAUAUCAAGCGCAGCGCGACAUGCACUGUCGGCCUCGAAUACGACAGCACCGAUAUCCCCGGCGGUGACCCCAUGUCCGGCGCGGGAGCCAGCACACCCAUCAACUCCAUGCAGGGCUUCUUCGGCGACGAAAACGGCAAUGAUAGAUAUUGGUCCGUUUACCAGGACGGGGAUUGGUAUCAUUCCAACGGCACAUACAACACCUCUACUGGCUCGUCUACUAGUUGGUAUAUCCGCACUGAGGAUCCCAUGGCUAGCGAUUGCAUUGCUACAUACGGGGGUACGACCUUUGAUAGCAAGAAGGUUAAUGACUCGAUCUGUCAUACGUACAGUGGUGGUGGCGCUUUUACGGCGGACUAUGGGUGCCGCGCAUCCUUGCACCAAGUGAGAUCCCCGGGCUACCGGAUUCUGGAACGGGCCACUGGCGAGUCUGUGGCUCAAAUGUCUCAUGGAGGCAGCCGGACUGGGCUGUGA